GUCCAGCAGGUUAGCCUUUACAGAGGUAAUGAAAUCUUUCCUUGGUAGGCUGCUAUGGCCACUUUUUUCUCUCAAGUUUUCAAAACAUGAACAUUUUACCAAUAUCCAAACAAUUUGCAAAAAUGUUGAAUGCUACUUUGGUCCUUGUGUAGAUUUUCCCUAUAAAAAAAAAAGUUAAUCUUUUCAAUGCCUUUCCCCCCCCACCCCCACUUGAUUGUUUUGGAACUUGUAAAGUAUACUGGCUCAAGAUGUGUGUUUUUGGCUAGAAGGGAAUAUUUAGAAAUCCCUACCCAAAAAAACCCAGUGGGAGUGGAAAUUUAAAAGAGGACCGCCUAAUUCAGCAGUGAGAUGAGGGUGAGGAGCAGCAUGUGUUUGUGUGUGUGAGUGUGUGUGUGUGUGUGUGUGUGUGUGUGUGUGUGUGUGUGUGGUGUGUAAAUGUGUCUUUCAUAGUGCUGAGAAUCCGAAGGGAAUGUUUGAUUAGCUACUCUCAGGGAGAGAGAAAAGGUGCUCAGCUCUCUACUUUGUUUCUUUCUUCUUUGGGAUAAUUUAGCUGGAAUCUGGGAUGCAGAAAAUCUUAGAGGGGAAACAAUAUUCCUUCCGUGUGGUGGAAAAAAAUUGAAAAAUAUUGCACACUUCAAACAAGGGUGCCAUUUUGAUAUUUAUGGGAAUUGCUGUUCUCGCUAUGAAGGCAUCUGUUAUUGAAAUGUUCCUUGUGUUGUUGCUGAUUGGAAACUCUGAAGCUAAAGAAGUCACCAAGAAGAGUAAAAAACCAAAACUCUCUGUGCCUCAGAUCAACUGUGAUGUCAAGGCUGGGAAGAUAAUUAAUCCUGAGUUUAUUGCGAAAUGUCCAGCUGGAUGUCAAGACCCCAAAUACCAUGUUUAUGGCACUGACAUUUAUGCAUCAUAUUCCAGUGUCUGUGGCGCUGCUGUUCACAGUGGUGUAGUUGAUAAUUCAGGAGGAAAAAUCCUUGUUCGAAAAGUUGCUGGACAAUCUGGGUACAAAGGAAGUUACUCCAAUGGAAUCCGGUCAUUGUCCCUGCCCCGAUGGAGAGAAUCUUUCAUAAUCUCAGAAGGUAAACAAAAAAGAGGCGUGACCUACCCAUCAACUCUUGAAUAUUCAUCUCCCAAAAGCUCAACUGCUAAAGCAGAUGAGACCACAAAGUCAUAUCAGAAGUCUACGAUCCUUCUCUCAACCACCCCACAGCCAACCACCACUACACGAAGACCUGCUACCACACCAGCAGAACCCCUGAGCACCACUCCAAGGCUGUGGACUUCUCUGGACACCACCACUGCCUCCACUACCACCAUCACUGCCAAACUGCAGCCUGCAGGUCACAGGGUCAGAGAUACAGGAUUCAGGUCCACUGCAGCCUAUGCAGGCAACCACAGCAUUACGCAGACCCACACAGCUGGAGAGACAGGCUCAUGGAAACCUGGACUGGCCCUUUUGGAUGCAGGAUCAAGGCCAAAUGAAGAAUUAAAGACAAGAUCUUUGGAACCAGCAUCCAAAGGAGAUCCAAACUGCAAAGUUGAUUUGUCCUUUUUAAUUGAUGGGAGCUGGAGCAUCGGCAAACGGCGUUUCCGAAUCCAGAAGCAGUUCCUAAAGGAUAUUAGCCAAGCUCUUGACAUUGGCCCAGCUGGACCACUCCUAGGUAUUGUACAAUUUGGAGACGACCCUUCCAUGGAAUUUAACCUCAAGACUCAUGCGAAUUCCAGAGAUCUGAAGGCAGCCAUAGAGAAAAUUCCCCAGAAAGGCGGGCUUUCCAAUGUGGGGAGGGCACUCUCUUUUGUUACCAAAAACUUCUUUUCCAAUGCCAAUGGAAAUAGAGGGGGAGCCCCCAAUGUGGCCAUAGUGAUGGUGGAUGGCUGGCCCACAGAUAAGGUAGAGGAAGCUUCAAGACUUGCCAGAGAAUCCGGAAUCAACAUUUUUUUCAUCACCAUUGAAGGUGCUGUUGAAAAUGAGAAGCAGAAUGUGAUUGAACCCAACUUUGUGGACAAGGCUGUGUGCAGACGAAAUGGCUUCUAUUCCCUCAAUGUGCUAAGCUGGUUCAGCCUCCACAAGAUUGUGCAACCCCUAGUAAAACGGGUCUGUGACACCAACCGCCUAGCCUGCAGCAAGACCUGUUUAAACUCUGCUGACAUUGGCUUUGUCAUUGAUGGCUCCAGCAGUGUGGGGACAGGCAACUUUCGCACCCUCCUCCAGUUUGUUGCCAACCUCAGCAAAGAGUUUGAGAUUUCAGACACAGACACACGCAUUGGGGCUGUGCAAUACACUUAUGAGCAGCGGUUGGAGUUUGGAUUUGACAAGUAUAGCACCAAGCAAGAUAUCUUGAAUGCCAUCAAGAGAGUCAAUUAUUGGAGUGGUGGGACCAGCACUGGAGCUGCAAUCAAUUAUGCCUUAGAGCAUCUCUUCAAAAAGUCCAAGCCCAACAAAAGAAAGCUAAUGAUUCUCAUCACUGAUGGCAGGUCUUAUGAUGAUGUACGAAUACCAGCUAUGGCUGCUCACCAAAAUGGUGUGAUCACCUAUUCUAUAGGAAUCGCUUGGGCAGCUCAAGAUGAACUGGAAGUGAUCGCCACUCACCCUACCAAGGAUCACUCGUUCUUUGUAGAUGAGUUCGAUGACCUCUACAAGUCUGUCCCCAAGAUUAUCCAGAACAUUUGUACAGAAUUCAACUCUCAGCCACGGAAUUGAAUCCAAAGCACCUCCAAAAGAGUGGUUUCCCCAACUAUCUCAAACAAGAAACAUUGACAGGCUUUUCUGAAGGUCCUUGGGCAGAGAUUCAAAAGGUUCCAAGGGUUCUCCAGUCACCUUUUACCCUUAGGAAAGGCUAACUUAUAGGCUGUAUGGAGGUUCAUGCCUUUCUCAUUUGCUUUCUUUUUCUUUUCUUUUGCUGGUCUCAAAACUUGGUGUUAAGUAGGGAGAAGACCAAAAUUUCUAGAACGAGCAAAAUUGAUAAAUUCAUGAAUCUGAAACUCAUGGUUUUAAGUUUGCCACCAGAAGAAAUUUCUUAUUGCUAUAGUGAUUCCACAACAGGAUGAAAAUGGGUCUUUGGGCAGGUGAAUAUUUCCUUCUGAAAAUACCUCUUAUUUUAAUUAUGCUCACCCUCAGCCUCUGACAUGAUCAUGCAGUUGUUGUUUUUAUUAAAUCCUUAUAAGGCUAAUAUACAAAAUGGCCUGAUCAUGUGUCAUAUUUGAAUGCAAGCUCCACAUUCAUGUUUAACACUUAUCGAUGGAAAGUUAUUCUGUCCUAUUUCUAGUUUUUUACAGCAUGUGAAUAAUACUCCCUUCUCCAUGCCAGAGGUAGUAGUAUACCCAGAGAAAAUGCUACCAAACAAGAAAGAGAACUACUCUUAUGGAGUCUAAUUUAUGCUUAUUUUUCCCAUUUCCUGAACUUCCUCUUCACUGCAUUCAAUUUUACUGUUGCCACUCAGUGCUUCUAGUGACUAAGAAGCAUUCAGGCAAUAGCCCUAUGGCCCAGCCACUCACUGAUUCUAAAUUAGUGUGACACAUUUUACUAGUCAGUGAGUUUAGCUGUCACCUUCAUUACAAUCAGAGAGUCGAUAGUAAUUCUCUUUUAAUGGGAUGACUUUCUGCAUGACAAAUCAUCUAUCAGUAUUUCAGUAUCCACUAUAUGCACCAGCAAUUUUUAAUUCAAUAAUGAUAAAAGAAAUGCCUGCUGCUUACAAGGCACCAUGUUAGACAUUAAGGGAGAUACAAAAACAAGUAAGAUAUGCCUAACUGUAGCAGCAGCUACCAGAAUCUAGUGACUCUAAUCUUUACUAUUGCUGAGAAUCACUGAAUCCGAGAGCUGAAUGGGAUCUUAGACUAGGAAACUGAGGUCCAGAGAGGUUCGUUGAUUUGUCCUAAUCCAUAUCAGUAUUAAAUAUUGGGUCUAGGAUCCAAACCAAGUUCCUUCAUACUUAGGAAGCUAGCUAGUUCCUUCUGGGUGUUUGGAAUUUUGAUAGUUCUUUUUCCUCUUCAGCAAUGCUAAACUUUGAUUAGCUCUCCAAAGGCCAUCUCUGUGCUGCCAAUAGGUUGACAAUGGUGCUAGUUUAGGGUAGCACUAGACUAAUAGACUUAUUCAGAUAAGGGCAACUGAGAUAAAACCAUAAGUGUUCAGAUUUAAUUAUGGAUUUUUAUCUAGAAAAAUUUAGUUCUUGAUUAAAAUCACCUUAAAUACUAACAGUACUAUAAAAGCAAUAUAAGUAAUAUGUAGUAAGAGUAAUCUGUAUUCCUAGUACAAGAGCAAGCCUUUUCAUAGUCAACUUCAUGGUGUAAAAGGACAAUGUAGACAAUUUAAGAAGGGAACUAAAGACCGAGAUGUGAGAGGAGUUAGUUAGAGAUACCUAAUCACAUUAAAUGAGGUCAGGUCUCUAGACUUCACCAAAUGGCAUGCCAGAAAUUGCAGAUGUAUUUUCAAAGUCACUGUCAAUAAACUCUAAUAAAAUGGAAUUCUAGAUGGAGGCA